GUUACAACCCCUGUUGUAUGUCCGGUCGCUGCCGCCUGUAAGCUGCCUUCAUGACAGCCGGGCAGCAGCUUUUCUGCUCGCAUUGAAAGCUGCCUGCUCUUUCUGCUGGUGUGGACCUCAGAGAAGCGCCGAGGAAAUGACUUUACCGUCGAGGAUUUAACGAGUUUUGUGCCGUUGAACCGAACUCAAACCGCUGAUUUGUCACCAUGAGAAGUCGGAGUAACUCGGGCGUUAAACUGGACAACUAUGCCCGGAUAGUGCAGCAAACUAUCCUGAAACACCAAGAUCCAGUAACGGGUCUCCUGCCGGGCAGCACAGACCAGCCGGACGCCUGGGUCCGAGACAAUGUUUACAGCAUUUUGUCAGUGUGGGCCCUCAGUCUCGCCUACAGGAAGAACGCAGACAGAGACGAGGACAAGGCCAAGGCCUACGAACUGGAGCAGAGUGUGGUGAAGCUAAUGAGAGGUGUCCUGCAGUGUAUUAUGAGGCAGCUGGAUAAGGUGGAGAAGUUUAAAUACAGCCGAAGCACCUCAGACUCUCUCCACGCCAAGUACAACACCAGGACCUGCGCUACAGUUGUUGGAGACGACCAGUGGGGUCACCUACAGGUCGACGCCACCUCUCUCUUCCUGUUCUUCCUCGCUCAGAUGACUGCAUCUGGUCUUCAUAUCGUCUACACCCAGGAUGAAGUGGACGUGGUUCAGAAUCUCAUGUUCUACAUCGAGGCAGCUUACAAAGUGGCAGAUUAUGGGAUGUGGGAAAGAGGAGACAAAACCAACCAGGGCAUCACUGAGAUUAACGCCAGUUCUAUAGGCAUGGCCAAGGCAGCUCUGGAGGCCUUAGACGACCUCAACCUGUUUGGAGCAAAAGGAGGACCUGGAUCUGUGGUCCACGCCCUGGCUGACGACAUACAGCACUGCCAGUCCAUCCUGACCUCCAUGUUGCCUCGAGCUUCCAUCUCCAAAGAGGUGGAUGCCGGCGUCCUGGCCAUCAUCUCGUACCCGGCCUUUGCUGUGGAGGACAUGAGCAUAGUCAACAUGACCAAGGAGGAGAUCAUCUCCAAACUCCAGGGUCGAUACGGCUGCUGCAGGUUCCUCAGAGACGGACACAAAACACCCAAAGAGGAUCCAAACAGACUGUAUUACGAGUCUGCAGAGCUGAAGCUGUUUGAGAACAUCGAGUGCGAGUGGCCGCUGUUCUGGACCUACCUCAUACUGGACGGCAUUUUUAUCAACAGCCCUGAACAGGUGCAGGAGUACCAGGAGGCUCUGGAGGGAAUCCUGAUCAAACAGAAAGACGGGAUUCGACUGGUCCCGGAGCUCUACAGCGUCCCCGCGGAUAAGGUGGAGGAAGAGUACAUGAACCCUCACUCUGUGGAGAGAGUUCCUAUGGGCAAAUGUCCUCUGAAAUGGGGACAGUCUCUGUACAUCCUGGGGAACCUUUUGUCCGAGGGUUUUCUUGCUCCCGGAGAGAUCGACCCUCUAAACCGACGUUUCUCCACCAUCCCUAAACCUGACGUGGUCGUACAGGUGUCGAUUCUGGCAGAGACUGAGGAGAUUAAAGAGCUGCUGGUGAAGAACGGUAUAUACGUGGAGACUGUGGCCGACAUCCAUCCCAUCCACGUGCAGCCCUCCAGAGUCCUGAGCCACAUUUACGCCAGACUCGGACGUAACCCGAGGCUGGGUCUAACAGGACGGCCCUACAGGAGGAUCGGAGUCCUGGGAACCUCUAAGUUCUACAUCAUCAGGAACACCAUGUUCGCAUUCACACCUCAGUUCAUCGACCACCAGCAGUUCUACAUGGCGCUGGACAACAAGAUGAUCGUGGAGAUGCUGAGGACAGAAAUCGCCUACCUCUCAUCCAGAUGGAGGAUGACUGGACGACCCACCGUCACUUUCCCCAUUUCACAGACGAUGCUGACUGAAGAUCGUACAAACCUGGACCCUGCCGUGUUGGCGACACUGAAAAAGUUACAGGACGGUUACUAUGGAGGAGCAAGGAUCCAGACGGGGAAGCUGUCGGAGUUCUUGACCACUUCCUGUUUUGCUCACCUCAGCUUCCUGGACGGUAAGGGUCCUGGCAGCAUGGGCCGCCACGAGGAAGCAUAUGAUGAUGAUGAUGAGAGUAGCGGCGAUGGAUACGUGCAUGAGUUACGCUGUGAUGAUGAGGCUGACGACCUCGCUCAGUACCUGGACCACCUGUUGGCCCACGCUGCCCCCAAGAAGCCCAAAAAGCAGGUCGGGGGUUUGAGCAGGUUCAAGGCUGCUGCCACCAAAACAAAGGAGAUGGUGUCUUUGAUGAACAAGGCUCAGGACCUCAAUGUUCACAACGUCAACAUGUACCUGCCAAACAAACUCUUUCGCUCCUCUCAGCCGUCGCUCAACCUGAACCUCCCAGAUUCCUCUGAAUCACAACAAACUACGAGUCCAGACGUGGCAGUCAUGGCCGAGAGCGGCAUCCCGAGAGACGCCAGCGGCAACAUUGAUUACAGCGCUCUGGUCCAGCUGCUAAAAGAGACACAGAAUCUCCAGGACCAGGCUGACAUACUCUACAUCCUCUUCAAAGACCAGGGAAUGGACUGGGACACUCAGCUGCACGGCAAAGGCUCCACGGUGCGCUCCCUGCUGACCGACCUUUACGACAAGGCCGGAGAACUCAAACACUGGGGCCUCAUCAGGAUGAUCUCUGGCAUGCUGAGGAAGAAGGUGGAGGAGCUCGACUCGGCCUGCUCUGAUUUGCUGGCUCACCAGAAGCACCUGACCGUGGGUUUACCUCCUGAACCCCGAGAGAAAACCAUCACCGCUCCCAUACCUCCAGACCAGCUGGCCGUCCUCAUCGAUGAGGCCAGCGACAACAACAUCAGCGUGGCUAUACUCACCCAGGAGAUCAUGGUGUACCUGGCUAUGAGCAUAAGGACUCAGCCCAGUCUGUUCAGCGAGAUGUUCAGGCUCCGCAUCGGCCUCAUCAUCCAGGUCAUGGCCACUGAACUCGCCCAGUCGCUCAACUGCUCAGGAGAAGAGGCCACAGAAAGUCUGAUGAGUUUGAGUCCGUCCGAACUGAAGAAUCUCCUCCACCACAUCCUCAGCGGGAAGGAGUUUGGAGUUCAGCGUAGCGUGCGAGAGAUGGAGGCCGGAGUCAGUCCGGCCAUCUCCAUCCAUCAUCUGGGCAACGUUGGCGCCACCAAGAGCGAGCGAGCCGGCAUCAGCAAACUGAAGAGCGACAUGAAGAUGCUGGAACACAGGUUGUCUUUGACGGAUGUGAGCAAGGCGGAGCACAGGUUGUCCUUGACGGAUCCAUUUAAGGACCCCAGGCUGUCUUUAACAGAUCCAGUUUUGGAGAUGGACCGCAGGGUGUCUUUGACUGACUCAGUUAAGUUCGACCGGUCACUGUCCUCCCCUCGCAAGGGCAUGCGAUCUCAGUCACUGGACAUAGAAAACAUCGAAUCUGGGAGGUACAGGCUGCCGUCAAUAGAAUCUCUGGACAUUCCGGAGAGCAUUCCAGUUGCCAAGGAUACCAGGCACGGCCAAUGGCUGCGCAGGAGACGUCUGGACGGGGCUCUGAACAGAGUCCCUGUCGGGUUCUACCAGAAGGUCUGGAAGAUCCUGCAGAAGUGCCAUGGACUCUCUAUAGAGGGAUUUGUACUUCCUUCUUCAACCACCAGAGAGAUGACGCCUGGAGAGAUCAAAUUCUCCGUCCAUGUGGAGACGGUGUUGAACCGCGUCCCUCAGCCUGAGUACCGGCAGCUGCUGGUGGAGGCCAUCCUGGUCCUCACCAUGCUGGCCGACGUGGAGAUCGAGAGUAUCGGCUCCAUCAUCCACGUGGAGAAGAUCGUCCACAUCGCUAAUGACAUGUUCUACAAAGAUCAGAUGGACCUGGGAGCAGAGGAGCACAUCCUGGAGCGGGAUCCGUCCACCGGAGUGUGCAGGCUGCUGUACGACAGCGCCCCCAGUGGCCGCUUCGGGAGCAUGACCUACCUCACCAAGGCCGUGGCCGUGUACGUGCAGGACUUCCUGCCCAGCGGGUCGUGUGCUGUGCAGUGAGAGGACGCCACGAGAAACCAGAGCAGGCAUGAAACCACUCGUUAAAGCUGAGACAUACAACAUUUUUUUAACGUUAAAUUACCGAUAAAUUCUAAGAUCUAAUAUGUUACAUUUAUAGGUUACAUUCAGAAACAGAAACUGUAGCAGCAGUUAGCUUAGCGUCAUGUCCUCACUUUGUAGCUUAAAGGACGUGGCUUUUCCAGCCUCCCUAAACUUUCUGUGGCUCUCAGCCCUGGUUCCUACUGAAGACGAACAACCUGUAAAAAAAACAUAUAGUUAAAAUAAUUUUCUUAAACGUCACUCAAACUGCGGUAAACAGUGCAUUUGCUGGGGACUACUUUCAGCUGCGGAUUAACACACAUUUAUUGCUCCAAUGAGUAUUAACAGCAGAAUGUCCCAUGUGGGAUUUGGUCAAAAUAAACUAGUAAUGCAUAAAUGCAGGUUUUGGAUACACAGACAAUACUUGUUUAUAGGAUUCAUUCAUUGCUGGUUUUAGUCUUUUAAUAAAACAUUAACGAAAUAAACGAAAAUAAAACAUUAAAACCAGUAGAAGAGAACGUGGUUUGACCCGGGCAGUUUCCUAAAGCAAUUCAGUCUGAAUAUCCAGCUGACAAGCUCAACUUUUACCCAGGACACACACAGUUCUCACGUGUACAACCAUUGUCGAAACGUAAAGUUUUACAAAACCUACAUAACUCUUUAAUUUAUUACCACACAUAUGCUAAGAUUGUAGUACACCUACUGAACCUACAAGUCUCAUGUCACUAUACCUCAAAUCCCACUCGCUGUGUGAUGUACAAAAUAAUGACAAAAUUAGAUAAUCUAUUUACUAUUUAUUUUAUAGUUCACUUAACAACAGUUAUUUAGGAAAUUUCUUGAACGCCUUAACGUUGUAGCACUUAUUAAAGUGUGUGUGCGAUUGAAACUACAAGAACACUGUUUAAUUUUAACUAUGCAAAUUAGCAUUUAGAGCUUUUGUUGUGUUACUUUGGAGAUAAAAUAGUUUUAGCAUGUAAUACUGUACUUUUGCAGUUAUUCUUGAAAGCAGUGCAGUGAAUACUAAAAUGUGCAAUUCAGAUUUCUGUCCUCUUGAAAAGGGAAAAGCCUUAAUUUACUGCUGUCGUGGCCUUAACUUUCAUUUUGUUUGUUCAUUCUAGUUUAAUCACAGUAACUCGUGUUAGUUUACAUUAUUUUGGACGCAUUUCACCUUUAACCUUUUUCUGUAAGAGUGUUUCAAUGAUUCACCGUCCAGUACACUGGGAGAAAAAUGUGAAUAAAUUAAAGGUAAUUUGAGAACAGACAUGAUUCUAUGUCUUCAGGUUGAGACAUUAUUGAGAAAUGUGUAAUGUCUCUCGGUUGAAUGUACAAUAACUGAAUUAUUUUGUGAUAUUUGAAGAUGUGAGCACCACACUCCAUGUGAGCUACAAUCAAUCAUGGCAGAAUGAGGGUGUUAAUAUUAUUACAUUUGAGAAGAAUGGGAGGCAGUGAUUUCUCUGUUACUAGAAAAUAUCCACUGAACAAAACUGGUCGUUGUCUGUUUUUUGUUGUUAUUUUUGAAACUAAUUCUGUAAUAAAAGAGAGAAGAAGCUA